CUCGUUUUCCCAUUCAACUUCACCUACCGUUCAUUUGACUUGCCUUGCCGUCGUCGUCGUCGCUACCGUUUACGCAACAUUAUGCGUCUCUGGCGCUUUGCCUUUGCCGCUGCUUUGCUCAGCUUGCCAGUGCAGCUGGUUAGCCCGGCACAGGUACCGCUGACCGGUCCAUCUACUACCUCCACUACCCUCGUUGACGCACUGUCUGCCGACCCGGAUUAUACCUCUCUGCUCCGUCUCUUACAGAGGGCGCGUCUCAUACCAACUCUCAACCGUUUGAACGGAAGCACGCUCUUUGCACCUACAAAUGACGCUAUUAAGCACUAUUCAAACAGUCUCUGGAAUUCCGUCCUCGACGACUCCAGCCUGAUACUAACCGACAACCUCCAGGAGAAGCUCAGGCAGCAAUUGUUCUACCAUCUCCUUAAUUAUUCCAUCUCUUCUCUCCCCGACGACUCUGAACCGGUUAAGGUGCUCAAGACCCUGCACUUUCCCCGUACGUCCGUCGAUCCCCCUUCCAAGGAACCGCCACCGUACCCUCCAUGGAUGCCUAUUCCCGGUGGAAGCCUCGGAGGGGAACCGCAACGAUUACGCGUAGCCUCUCGCAAAGACGGUGUAUGGGUAGGGGUGGAUGCAAACGGCAAAAAUGGCGCUGAAGUCAUUAAGGGCCAAGUCGAUGCAGGCAAUGGAAUCUUGCUUGGUGUGAACAAGAUACUGGAACCACCACCUGACUUAGCGACCGUUGUCUCCAAAUUGUCCUCGGUUUCAUAUUUCCACAACGUUCUCACCCCGGAGAUCACACGUACUCUCAACUCCACCGAGGCCUUAACCUUGUUUUUACCUAUCAAUGGCGCAUGGGAUGCACUGGACCCUCUGGAGCGUUUAUACCUCGAGAGUGAAUAUGCCACCGAUGAUCUCAAUCGUAUUCUGAAUAUGCAUGCUGUGGCCGAGGAGGAGGUUAAAUGGUCGGAACAUUUUGAUCCAGCAGUAAAUUGCACGUGCCCUUUCAUGUUAACAACAAUCGACGGCACCAAGCUCGAAAUUGUUGUGUCUCCUGAGAAGACCACGAUUUCCUCAGCUGACUUGGUAGAACCAGACAUUUAUGCUUCCAAUGGUGUCCUCCACCUCGUCUCAUCCCUGAUACUGCCGCCGGGCGCUCUUCAGCUAACCCCGGAGAAGUAUCUUCUGGCUUUGAACUGCACACAUUUUGUGUCUCUCCUCCAUUCUGCCGAUUUAACUUCUCUGAUCAAUGAUACCAAAGCCAAAUACACGAUUCUUGCCCCGAAAAACGACGUCCUAUCGAUAUUUGGUCAUAGCGACCUUCCUGAACCUGGUUCCGAGGAAAUGAAGAAAUUAUUGCAGUAUCAUUUCAUCCCAGGCCAUUGGACACCCAAGAAACUGUCUUCUGGGAUGUUGCUGGAGACGGCGCUGGAGGAGAAAGGUCUCGACGGUGGCAGACAGGUUUUGGCGGUCGAUGUUACUGACGACAAAUCUGAUUCGAAGAAGGUAUUCUUUGGCGGUGCUAGCGUUAUUGAUGAGCCGAUUGAAGUCAACAAUACCUUGAUUUAUUUCAUCUCGCGGCCACUAGAGCCUCCCGCUGACGCGUUGCAAACUGCCUUGCCUUACCUGGAUCUGUCUUCAUACUUGGCAGCCGUCUUUUCUACUUCCAUUGCAGAAACAUUGAAAACCACACCCCGCACUUCUCUCCUUAUACCUCACAAUUCUGCGUUUAAACGGUUGGGUUUAUUGGUCUCUGCACAUCUCUUAGCCGCGUCGUCCAAGCGUGAUCUAGAGAAUGUUCUCCUUCAUCAUACCUUGGACUCCGUGGAAUAUUCCGAGCGCCUACGAAAUGGUUCUCAGCAUACCUUCUCAAGCGUGGAAGGAUCAGAUUUAACGCUGGAGCGCAUGAAGAACGGCACUUUGUAUCUCAGUGCAAGUGGUGGCUGGGCAGGAAUGCGGACCGAGUUGUACAUCCGGGACAUCUUAACGCAGACGGGAGUGAUUCAUGAGCUUUCCGAUAUCCUGAUUCCUAGAUCAGUUCAACUGACUGUCGGAAAACUUGUCAAGGCAGCCAAAGGAAGCACAAUGACCAACAUAGUUACGAAAGCUGGAUUCGACUGGGUUCUGAACGGCACAGCGCCUCCUGAUGGGUCUCCGUGGGCAGAUCAGGGAUUGUCCGGUGUUGGAUGGACACUACUUUGUCCCACGGAUGACGCGUUCAAGGAAUAUAAUUUGACAUCUCUGUUUGAAGAUGUGCCGAGAUUGCAGGUGAUCGUGGGUCAGCACCUUAUCCCCACGCCAGCGGAACGCUUGGGAGAUUUUGUCGGUGCUGACAGCGACGCGCUGAACAACAAUCGACCACUCCCUCUUGACGAUUCAGCAACCUACCGGACGCUUCGCUCCCCAGAAUCUAGCUAUGGAGAUAUCAUCUUCCGCCAGCAGGAUGACGGGUCGAAUUCGUACAUUGUAGGCAUUAAAGGUGCACGAGGUACAGACGGUACAGCGGAUUGGGCCAGGGUACAGGCAUGGGGAAGGACAACCACCGGAGGCGGAACUGGAGGCGUGAUCCAGAUUGAUCGUGUUCUGAUGCCAUACCAGCCUCCCUGGUGGGUUGAAUACGGAGGCCCCACUGUCACAGGUGUCCUGGGCAUAUUUGCUAUCUGUGCAUUUUUCCUGGGAGUGAGAUGGGUAUGGAGAAGGGAUACCACAGAAGCGACAUAUGAGCCUGCGGGAACUAGCAGUGAAGCACCGGCAGCGGAAGAGACCUUGAAGCAAUCCUCGGCCACCUCAGAGUCUGUCAAGUCGUUCGUUGCUGGGGGAUUUGGAGGUGUCGCUGCGGUCCUCGUCGGUCAUCCAUUCGACUUGACAAAGACUAGGCUGCAGACUGCACCAAAGGGGGCGUACACAGGUGCUUUCGACGUCGUCAAGAAGACAUUGGCAAAGGAUGGGUUCUCCGGCAUGUAUCGUGGAAUGGUGCCACCACUAUUAGGCGUCACACCUAUCUUCGCCGUGUCCUUUUGGGCAUAUGACAUGUCAAAGCUUCUAAUAUACGCAGUAACUCCCAACAGAAAAAACCAAGACCUGUCUAUAGGCGAACUUGCAGUGGCUGGUUUCCUGUCUGCAAUUCCUACGACUUUGGUCACUGCCCCCGUGGAACGCGCUAAAGUCCUACUCCAGGUACAAGGCCAAGGAGGUGCUGAACAGAAAUACAAGGGCGUUUUGGACGUGAUUAAACAUCUCUACAAAGAGGGUGGAGUACGGAGCAUAUUCCGUGGCUCAGUGGCCACUGUAGCAAGAGAUGGACCAGGAAGUGCUGCGUACUUCGCGGCAUACGAAGUUACCAAGAAGUUUUUGACACCAACAGGCUCGUCGCCUGCUGAUCUCAAUCUCGGUGCAGUAAUACUUGCGGGAGGAACAGCAGGCGUUGCUAUGUGGUCACUCGCCAUUCCACCCGAUGUGAUAAAAUCACGAAUUCAGUCUGCGCCCAGUGGAACAUACUCUGGUUUCAUGGAUUGUGCAAGAAAGACCAUUGCUCGAGAUGGUGUUGCUGCUCUUUGGAAAGGAUUUGGCCCUGCAAUGGCCAGGGCCUUCCCUGCAAACGCAGCUACAUUCCUCGGGGUUGAGGCUUCAAGGAAAAACACGAAAAAAGCAACGAAACCAAAGGCCCCCCGUACGCUCUCUGCUUCAGAAAUCGCACGGAACCUUGGACACUUCGAGACGUGGUCUACGCGUCAAAACAUGGAGCAAGUGUCUUACUCCGACAUUCCUGAAACCAUCAAGUCUGAUGUAGAUGAGGUGCUCAAUGUGUCUGGAAAGAUACCUGUUGCUUGGGUGAAGACGGAUUCCGAAAAAUACCGUUUGAUUUCUUCAAUUUGUCGCCCCGGAUUCCUAGAUUUUCUUUCAAAUGCUCACAGGGAAUGCCCUUCCCUUUUCUGCGAGGACGAUUCAUCCGUCGACACAUUGGCGUUAUACGAUGAUCUGGCCACUGCGUUCAAAGCCUCGAAAUAUCUUAAGAAAAUGUGCAACUCCGAGGAGAAAUUUUCGGAAGCUGACUUUGCUAAGACCUGUGAUAUAUUUCGAACGCCAGCUGUAUCUGAGAGUAGGCAGAGGGGCCAAUGCCCAAUCUCUCUUCCUCAGCCAUUGUCGAGCGGAGACAUAUCGUCCACGUCCCUCCGCAUUCUAAACACAAAGACAAUCAUUCCGGAUAAUGUUAUUCUAAUCCCAACAGGAUCCAUACGCCAUUUAUCUAACACUGAAGCGUCGCCUUACAAAGCGCUCAAAGCCCACCGAACUGUAGAGAAAAGUGGUAGUGCUGACAAGGCUUCGUCCUUCAGAUUUCAGAGCACGCCCUGUGCCAAUUUGCCUGAAAUACCCGGCUUUGAAUUCGCAAGUGCUUUCUUCGAAGACAAGAAGCCUGUCCAUCAGAUGUUGGAGGAUGCUUACAGACAGAAUAGAAUGUCUACUACCUCCGCAGUCAGGCAUCUGCAUUCAUUAGGAAUCAAUGUUCCUGUUUUCGGUCUUGUAUGGGCGAAUGGGACUGUUCGAGCCCAUGUCGAUUGGUGCAAGACAACCAGUAUCGGUACGAUGGACAAAAAGGAAAUCAAAAUUCUCUCAGCGCCUUUUCCGGGGCCCGAUGAUGAUAAUGAGAAGACAUUCCAUGAAUGGAAAUUGAAAAGGCCUAGCGAUAUAUUGCAGGUCCAUUUUCUCAUAAGAAACAUUGACUAUUGGACUUGUCAUGGCUUCCGUGAAAAAGUGGUGAAAGGUGUGAAGGCAUUAGAAGAGUCUAUUGUCAAUGGAGGGGGAACAUACGAGCCAUGGAAACGUGUUGGAGUUUUGAAAUUGACUAAAAGCAGCCUUCAAAAGGAGAAUCGCGACGCAUCUUUCAGCAGUGUGUCAACACUGCCUGCUCUCCCCAAGAAUACCCGAACUCGCAGGAAAUAAGGACUGACGUGUAUUUUGACUCUAAACAUAUUCAUAAUGUACGAUAAAAAUUCGGACGCUUGAGGAGAAUAUAUCAUUACUAGCUGGAAGGAUGCGAAGACUUUUAUUUACA